AUGAGGACGGGUAUGUUGACUCAAGGGCCCGGUGGCACUGACUCAUACUAUCCUGCUGCAGAAACACAGGAACAGAUGACGAUUGAUCGAAAAAUCAAUCACAAUGAAGCACACAUUGCCAUGCCUACAGUGGAGAAUUCGAUUCUUAACAAAGGUAUAACUGAGUAG